ACUUUGGUACAGUUAGGUAAACGAGUAUCGUGUCUACAUUAUCCUGCCGUGCUUCAGAGGCAGUUCUACAGUUAAGCAGUGUGCUGCGUGGAGAAAGACUAAAUCCAAACAGCAUCUGUAUUCAAUCGAGAAGGAAAGAGGAAUCAGAGAAUCGAGGUCUGUAACGGCACAGCACGGACCAGGUCCCAAGGAGUGGCAGUGGGAAUGGAUGUUGGCUUGCUGGAGAUCCCAGCUGAACUUUCUGCACUCUUACGGCUUGCUGAGGGUCAUGCCUCUGAAAACCAGGUUUCAGAAGUAAGCCCACCUCAAAUCAAGGCAUGCAUCAAUUACUCGCUUCCUCCGGAUAUCGACAGACAUCCUUUCAGCAAGUUCAUCAAUGAACACUUUCAGGUCCCUCAGUUUGAGGUACAAAAACAACCGAUACAACAGCCCUUCACACAACUGGAGGGAGAAGAGAGACAACUGGCCUUAGACAUCUUCAAACUGAUUCUUCGUUUUCAGGGAGACGAAUGGCUUCAAGGAAGGAAGGAAGAAAUAUUCCUUGGGAACUUUAUUGCGCAGAAGGGCAUAUCAUACCCCAAGCUGCGCAAUGAGAUCUUCUGCCAGCUGGCCAAUCAGAUGUGGAAGAACCCUGACAUGCAGGAGUGGCAGCGAGCUUGCCUGCUGAUGGCCACCUGCCUGAACAGUUUCCAGCCCUUCCCUGAGCUCGAAAAGCCUCUGCUCAAAUAUGUGUCGGAUCAUGGCGUGGAAGGCUAUAGGCCUUUGUGCCAGCACAAAGCCCUUGCGGCCCUGCAGCACAGCCAGAAGAGAUCCUUUCCACCUUCCCAGCUGGAGUGGACAGCAAACCAGAGGCGAGGACAGAUGGUGCUGGAUGUGCACUUGUUUAAUGAUGAAGCUGUGGUCACGGAGGUGGAGUCAUGGACAACUGCUGAAGAGCUGGCCAGCUGGAUCUUCAAGUUCUGGGGCCAGGAGACUGAACAGAAAGGCUGGUCAAUGUCCCUGCACACUGGUGAGCAAUGGCGAGAUGUUCCCGGCUCUGACUUCAUAAUGGAUCUUAUUGCUGAGACUGAAAUGCUUGGCGUAUUCUCAGCCCAGAACUCCAGCUCCCCAUUCAACACAGGGAUGAGUGGGAAUAUUUACGGAUCUACGUACAGCUCUGAAAACAUCUACUCGGCAACAUCUGAGGAUUCUGAGACAAUAAUUCCUCCAGCACCCAACAUCCAGGCACCUCCUCUACCUCCGCCAUUGAUACCCCAGGAAAAUGCUUCUGCUGGUUAUUAUCAGUCCCAGUUUGGGGCUCCUGAUUAUAGCGAAAGACCAACACCAGGCUUAGAAAACUAUGUGGACAAUCUGUUCAAUCCAGUGUUUACCUUUGGAGGAGGGGAAAUGGAGCGAUCAGCAGAUCUAAAUCGACGGAUGAAAGGAGGUGGAGGAAUAGGCCCAACACAGACAGGAGUCUACAUGAGUCCAGGUAUGCCGCUGAUUCCCAGCUACCCUAUGGGGAUGCCCCAAAUGCCCCAGAUGUCUGUUGCACCAAAUUACCAACAAAUGCCUUACAUGGGGGCAGGUGUUCCUGCAGCCAUGCCAGUGAUGCAGCCAAUGCAACAAAUGCCAACAAUGCAGCCAAUGCAAACUAUGCCAACCAUGCCUAUGAUGCACCCAUCUAUGCCAGCGAUGAUGAUGCCACAAGCCUCCAGCAUGCCUGAGAUGCUGCCUAUGCACCAGCCAAGUCGUUACUCAAGAUCUCACUUUUCACAACAGGAACAGACAGCAAAACAGCAGCAGGAAUUCAUCAACCAGCAGGCACUUCUACUGGCCCAGCAGAUGACCAUUCAGGCCAUGUCAAUGACCCAGCAACAACAACAGCAGCAGCAACACCAGUGGCAGAAGCCACAUGAGGAAGAGGAGGCAGCCCCAGUGAAUUCCAGGACAAAGAAAUUCAUAAAACACACCCCUAAACCUCCAGUACAACCCGUCAUCUCUACUCCGCCCAUUCAGCCAAAAACACCCAGUGUGAACAGGGAGCCUGAAGUCAUCAAAAUACCUAUUAUAGAUCUGAAUAAGCCACCCAAAGAGAAGGUUUCUGUGCCUGAGAAUGUUGAUAACAGUGACGAUGAGACUUUGUUAGAACAAAAACAAUCUUUCCAGGAAAAACGACAAUAUUUCCAGACGAGAGGGAAGGAAGAGGCACCUGUGAGGGUGCCAUCCAAGAUUCGGCUUCCAAAACCUGACCGCCCAAAAAGCGAGGAGAAGACUGAGAUGCCAGAGACUCAACCAGAGAAACCGAAAGAAUCUACUUCUCCUCCGCCUCCCCCUCCUCCCCCUCCGCCUGGGCCAGAGAAAUCUGCCAAUAAAGAGAAGAAAGAAGAUGAAACGAAGAAGAGCGAAAAUAGGAAUAAAGAGAUAAUUAAUUCUUUGUACACACCUCCCAAACGAGUGGAACCCAGUCAGAACAUUCGAGAAAUAAUCAAAAUCUACCAGAGUCGCCCGGUUCCCCCACCUACAGAGUAUGAACCGAUCAGGAGGACAGCAAAACCAUUCCUGAAGAAAAACACCCCCAAGGAAGAAGCGUUGAACUUAUUGGGAAUGAAAGGCCACAAGAAUGACUCUAACUCUUCCACAGAUAACAAGCCCAAUUCUGGUCCAAAGGUUGCACCAAAACCACAACGCAUCUCAUCAUCCACAAUUCACAAUGAACUGACGCUAUUACUCUCACAGACAGCCUCUCCUCCUCCUGCGCCUCCCCCACCUCCUCCUCCUCCUCCCUCACUUCCUGCACCUGUUUUGUCCAACGAUUUUUCCCCACCUCAAGUAUUUCUGGAUGAUGAGAAUAUAAAAACCCAGCUGUACAGGCGGACAGCCAGCGUUUACUUCUCUUACGUUAACAACAACUGGAAACUCUAUCUGCGCAAAGAGCUGUUUUACCCACGAGAGAAGUUUAAUGAUCCCUACAUUCUGAAUCUGAUAUGUGAACAGAUCGUGCGGGACACUUAUUCCAAUAGCUGUGCGCGUAUCUCAAAGGAUGAGCGGCGGAAGAUGCGUGAUCUGCUCACUGAACUGAAGGUUGGGACGAACAUCAGGUCAGUGCAGGACGAUGGUUUGAAAAGGAGGAUUGUGGUGGCUGCACGUGACAACUGGGUCAUGUACUUCUCACGACUCUUCCCUGUUUGUGGGGAGAUUGACAACAAAGUGGAGGUUCUCAGCAUCUCCCAUCGAGACAUCAAACUGCUAAAGACCACAAAAGCAACAGGGAUGAGCCCAGAACAUUACAAGGUGCUGCAGAGCUACAGCUAUGUGGAUGUGCUGAGUGUGAAGAUCGUGGACGAGUCCACACUAGAGUUUAUGGUGAAGAACGAAUCACUGAUUCUGUUUACUGAGAAGGCUUCCCAGGUGCAGGCGCUCGUCAACUUCUUCCUGGUUGAACUGCGGAAGGACUCCAACUAUGUCAGGGCUGUGAAGAGCUACAUCACCGAUGAGAAGAGCUUGUUAAAUUUUCGGAAGGGCGAUGUUAUCAAACUGCUACACAUGGACAGUCUGGAACCAGGCUGGCAGUUUGGGUCGAUUGGUGGCCGGUCUGGACUGUUCCCUACUGAUCACGCACAGCUAACAGUGCCUCCGGAUUACAGCAACAUGAAGAAUGCAACAAGGAGGAAGAGCAUGAUAUCCAUUGAAAAGAAGGUAAUAUCUACUGGAGGUUCGGAAACAAUCAAAUCAAGAAUCUCCUCCUCCUCCUCCUUCACGUCUUUUGGGGGCAGCACAUACCUAAUGACAGAAUUUGGCAUGAAGUACUUCCGGGAGCCUUUAGCCACGCUUGGUUGGAAGGGGAUGGCCGCUGAAGGAAAGAAAGCUGCCCAACUGGUGCAGCACACAAAGAUUCCAAUCCAGGAGUCACUCAUUUAUUUCACUGACAAGGAACUAAGUGAACUUGGUGCAAAGAAUUUCAAUGAUCUGAUGAGGUUUAUGGGUGAUCAGCAAUCUCAGAAGGAAGAGCCUGAAAGAGACUUUGUACAAAACAUGCUGCGGCUGUGUAAGGAGAAAGAGAGUCUUCAGGACGAGAUUUGCUGUCAACUCAUUAAGCAGGUCACAGAUAACCCUUCAAGAGAAAGCUGCAUCCGAGGCUGGCGAGCACUCUACAUCUUCUUGGGCUUCUACAACUUAUCCAUAAACCUGAGACCCUAUGUCUUGAAAUACCUGCAGGAAAUCGUUUCCAACCCUCUCCAUAACUACCAAGAGGUAGCGAAGGCCACUGAGGAAAACCUGCACCGCACAAUACAGUUUGGGGGCCGCCGAAACAUGCCAUCCACCCUGGAACUGGAUGCCAUUAUGAAAGGACGAAGCUCACGGCGGAUUGCGAUUCAGCUGCCGGGGGAGUUGAAGCACACUGCCAGGAUCAAACCCUUCUCAAUAGCGAAUGACGUUGUACUAGAGAUUUGUUCCACGCUGGGGAUUCAAGAUAUUGAGGAAACCAAGGAAUUUUCUAUUUUUGCUGAGAAGAAGAAAGGGCGCUCUAUGAGACCCUUAAGAUUGGAAGAAUACCUAUUUGAUUUCCUGUUGGAUGACAAUUCAGUCAAUCUCUUUUUUCACCGCAUAAUGUGGUCAGAGCCUUUCCAUUUUUACAAUGACCUGUAUGUCGAUGUCCAUUAUAAUCAGAUGCUUCCUACAUACCUCAAGGGUAACUUUAUAUUGCCAAACAACAUCAAUGAGAUGGAAGAAAUGAUUGCCACUCUUGCAGCCUGUCAGCACAAAUCGGGAGGAGCAGGAACUAACCCAUCCAUGCAGGAAAUUAAGGAAUAUCUCCCUAAAACUGGAGCAACAAAGUUGGAUGUACAAUCAAUCCAGCAACAAAUCGUCCAUCAACUCAACACAAUGCAGCAGCUUAAACCCAUCGAAGCCAAGAUCCGCUUCCUAACCACAGGGAGCAGCAUGAGCCUGUUUGGUUACAAUAUCUUCACAGUGAAGAAGACCAGUAACCCUCAAAUUCCAAAUCCCUGCCUCGUGGCCAUCAAUCAGCAACAUCUCAUAGUCAUAGACAAGGAUACCAAGGACCAGCUCAUGAUAAUCCCACUGAAGGAAAUCGUGACAAUGUGCACCUUACGCCCAUCGGAAACAUCAAAAUUACCUGGGGUGCAAGUUAAUUACGGAUCUGCAGGCAUAUCCCGGACAUUUUCCUUUGAACUGAAAGAGGCCAGAGAGCUGUGUCACACAAUUGCGAUGAUCCUGGACACGGUUUCAUCUCAUCCAAGCAUGUGACCACAAUCGACAGAGAUUGAAGACGUUGGGAGUCUUGAAGCUGACGCUGAACUGAUUCUUGCUUUGCUCAAAUCAACAUGCGAUCAUGUAGAGUUACACUGUCCUGUUCUGUACGAGUCUCAUUUAACAUCAGUCUAUCUGUAAAUUUCUAAAAUAUAAGCCAGACUCCAAAGUCUUUUUUUUAAAGAAAUACCAGUUUAUUCCUAAUAACUGUUUGAAAUAUUAUUUACUAAAAGUUUUCAAUGAAUUUUAGCAGCAACAAAGAAAACCUGAGACACCAUUCCAACUCAUGUUACCUCUAUCCUCCCAGUCCCAUUCAGUGGCUUCAGUCAAUGGGAAUAGGUGUGAGAUGGUUAAGGAGGCUGUCUUAUUUGUGAACAAGACCAGGCUCCUACACCAUUGGCGGGUGGGCCUUCAGCCUCCGCCCCCACCUUCUGAAACUUCGUCCCACUCCUUCCACCUCACCCCCAGUCUUGCCUCCUUUGAGACCCGUCUCAAGACCCUCCUCUUCGACUGUGCCUUCGGUCACACUCCGACCCCUACCCUCCUGCCCUCCACCCCUCCUGAUCCCAACCACCAGCUCGGGUGCGGAUCCCUGCCUGUCCAUUGCUUUAGGACAUCCUUCUGAUGUGAAAGGCACUAUAGAAAUCUAAUUUGUUGUUGUAUUGAGAUUCAACUGGAAUAUUGAGCUGUGAAGAACAGCUGUGACAAACUCCACUGUAAAAUAAACCAAUAGUCGUUAAUAAAAGUAGCAGUUGAAGCUGAA